AAAUCAUUCCUUCCAUUAGGUGGCGCUAGCAUAGGUAAAGGGCCAUGUAACGAAGUGUGUGUAGAAGAGGUAGAAAUCACGUUUAUUCAAAACUCGCUUGUCAAAGAGGUGUGAUUAAAACAACGGAUUUCCUGAAUAUAUCGCAAUAAUACAGAUUAAAAUGGAGUCUGGUGUUACUCUACUGUUUGUUUUAUCACAACUUUUAAUGAUAUCUUUUGCACAAAUUGAAAGAUUAGAAGAUAAUAUGGCUACAUACUCUGUAGUUGCACCGAAAAAACUUCGUCCAAAUCUUGAUUAUCACAUCAGUGCAACAGUCCACAAUGUUCCUUCUCCUGUACACAUGACUAUUUCUAUAGAAGGACCUGCAGAUAAUGGAAAUUACAAUAGUAUCAGCAAAGUUGCAGUUUUAAAUCCGAGUAAUAACUUUUAUAUACUUAUCUUUUAGGUUGGAGAAUGGAGCUCUGGCAAUUAUAGUUUGACAGUUUCUGGUGAUGGUGGAUUAACAUUUCAGAAUCAAACAACAUUAAUUUAUGAACCCAAAAGUUAUUCUGUUUUUAUUCAAACAGAUAAAGCAAUUUAUAAACCAGGACAAUUAGUUCAAUUUCGUAUAAUUGUUGUCAAUUUAUAUUUGUUACCAUCUGUUACUGGAGCAAUUGAUAUAUAUAUUACAGAUGCAAAUGAAAACAGAAUUAAACAAUGGAAUAGGAUAUUUACUUCUAAAGGAAUUCUUUCCUUUAAUCUCUUAUUAUCUGAUAAACCUGUGCUUGGAGAUUGGACUAUUCAUGUUGAAAUAUUGGGUCAAAGUUUUAUGAAGACAUUUACUGUUGCUGAAUAUGUUCUUCCUACAUUUAGUGUGGAAAUCAUUACUCCAUCUUACGCAACUUUCAACAAAUCAGAUAUUGUUGCUACUGUGCAAGCCAAGUAUACUUAUGGAAAGCCAGUUAAAGGAGAAGUUAUAUUUACAGCUGCACCAAAUACACAAUAUUCAUAUUAUCCUGAUAAAACAUUUUCCUCAUUUGAAACUACAUUAAAGAUUGAUGGUAGUGUCAACAUUCCAAUGAAUCUUGUUCAAGAUCUUCAAUUGAAACCAAAUUAUUACUAUCGAGAAAUAAUAUUUAAUGCAGUUGUUCAAGAAGAACUUACUGGAAGAAAAUAUAAUGCUACUUCACUCUUAAAAAUGCACGAAACAGAUAUAAAGAUUGAAUUAAUUAAAUCUUCAAAAACUUUUAAGCCUGGAUUAAAAUAUGCUGCAUUUUUGAAAGUUGCUCAUCAAGAUGAUAAACCUCUGACUGAAGAUAAUGCUGAAUUGAUAUUAAAACAUGGUUAUACUUAUAAUGAUGAAAAAUGGAGUGCUUCAGUUUAUAAAAUACCUAAAAAUGGAUUAGUUAAAUUAGAAUUUUAUCCACCACAUAAAAUUGAUAAUGCUUCUGUAAAAGUAUUAAAUAUUCAAGCUGAAUUUCACAAUCACACUUACUACAUAAGUAAUAUUGAUGCUGCCAUUUCACCCAGUGACAACUUUAUUCAAGCUACACUCUUAACUCAGAAUCCUAAGAUUGAUGAUGAAGCUAUUUUAGAAGUGAAUGCAACAGAACCCUUAAACCACGUUGUUGUAGAGGUUAUAGGACGAGGUGGAAUUGCUUUUGCAAAUACAUUCAAGAUACCCAAUGAAAAGAACUAUCAAAUAAGAUUUCCAAUAAGUCAUCGAAUGACUCCUCGUGCUCAUGUUGUAAUUUAUUAUAUUAGAAAUAACAACAGUGAAGUUAUUGCUGAUGCUGUGAAUUUUGAAGUAGCUGGAGUAUUAAGGACACCAAUAACAGUUAAAAGCAAUAUUGAUAACACUAAACCUGGUGCAGAAGUUAAUAUUGAGGUUGAAACAAAACCCAAUGCCUUUAUUGGCUUAUUAGGAAUUGAUGAAAGUAUUUUACUAUUGAAAUCUGGAAAUGACAUUACAGAAAAAGAUGUAAUUGAUGAAAUUGAUAAAUAUUUUCCUGGAGCAGACAGAUUUACAUCUCCAUGGUACCGAAGGAGGAAAAGAUCUUUCUGGUGGCCUGGAUUGAAAACUGCUGGAGAAAUAUUUGAUGAAUCUGGACUAAUAAUUUUAACAAAUGGUUUAGUUCCUGUUUAUAUUGAAAUGAUUAUGUACAGAAUGAACUCAGAAGUUGCAUAUACUAGUGGUGGAGGAGACAUGAUGUAUGAUGAUUCGUUUAAUUCCAAAUCUAGUUCGGCAAUUAAAGUUCGCAAACAGUUUCCUGAAACAUGGCUUUGGAAUGAUACAAUGGCAAAUUCUGAAGGAAAACUUGUAUUAUCCAGUCAAAUUCCAGAUACUAUAACAUCAUGGAUAGUGAGCGCUUUUUCAAUGGAUUCUGUAACUGGUCUUGGAAUUGCACCUCAGCCUGCUAAGAUAACUACUUUCCGUCCAUUCUUUGUGAAAUUAAAUCUCCCAUAUUCAAUCAUAAGAGGUGAAAGUAUAGCAAUACAAGUGAUUGUAUUCAAUUAUAAUAAUAAAGCAGUUGAGGCAAAAGUAUCUUUAUCAAAUGAGAAGAAUGAAUUUGAUUUUACCAUUGCUGGAAAUGAAAUAAGGGAUGAAACCAAAAUGAAAACUAAAACAGUUACAGUUCCUGCUCAAGAUGGUGUUUCAGUGUCAUUUUUAAUUACACCACGGGUAUUAGGUUAUAUAGAUAUCAAAGUAACUGCAGUAAGUUCUUUAGCUGGAGAUGCUGUCCUUCGAACAUUAUUAGUAAAACCUGAAGGUGCUACUCAAUAUUUUAAUAAAGCUGUACUAAUAGAUCUAAGAGCUGUUUCUUCAAAACCACUUUCGACUGAAGUUGCUAUUGAUAUUCCAAGUAAUGCUGUUGAAGGAUCUCAAUCAAUUACUGUUUCUGCUAUAGGUGAUCUAUUAGGUCCAAGUGUAAACAAUUUAGACCAAUUGCUUCAGAUGCCAUUUGGAUGUGGUGAACAAAAUAUGUUAAAUUUUGUACCUAAUAUAGUAAUUACUGAAUAUCUCCAGAGAGCUGAUAGAUUGACGCCUGAAAUUCAAAAUAAAUCUCGCAGAUAUAUGGAAACAGGAUAUCAAAGAGAAUUAACAUAUAUGAGAGAGGAUGGAUCAUUCAGUGCUUUUGGUAAAAGAGAUAAAAGUGGAAGUACUUGGUUAACAGCAUUCGUUGUUAGAUCUUUUCAUCAAGCUAUACCUUACAUUGACAUCGAUGACAAAGUAAUUGAGGGAUCAUUGAAGUGGUUGAUACAAAGACAGAAUCUUAAUGGUUCAUUUGAUGAGCCUGGUGAAGUUCAUCAUAAAGCAAUGCAGGGUGGUGCAGGUAGUGGAACUACAUUAACAGCUUUUGUUCUUAUUGCCUUGCUUGAAAAUCAGGCUCAGAAAAAGUAUCCACAAGAAGUAAAACUUACAGAAAAAUACAUUGUUAAAGAACUAGCAAAUUCGGAAGAUCCUUAUAUGGUUUCAAUAGCAACAUAUGCCCUUCAUUUAUCAGAUAAUCCUAAGAAAGAAUUCGCUUUCCAGAAACUUCAGAGUUUAGCCAAACAGAAAGGUGAUUACAAAUAUUGGUCAAAAGAGAAAUCAGAGAAAGAAAAACAGGACGAUUUUCUAUCAUUAUCAGAAGAUAUUGAGAUGACAGCAUAUGCACUUCUUACUUAUGCUUUAAGAGCAGAUGUUGUUGCUGCUCUCCCAAUAAUGAGAUGGUUGAUUUCUCAACAAAAUGAAAAUGGUGGAUAUUCUUCUACUCAGGAUACAGUUGUGGGCAUUCAAGCUUUAGGAAAAAUGGCAGCACGUCUUGUAUCAUCAACAGUUUCAAUAAAUACUGAAAUCAGUUUUGGUACUAAUCAAAGAAAAACUCUAAAUAUAACCAGAGAAAAUGCUCUUGUUUUACAGAGAAUUCAGAUUCCAUCGACAACGAAAAUGAUAAAUCUUAAAGCUUCAGGAUUUGGAGUUGGAAUUGUUCAAGUAUCUUGGUCAUAUAAUCUAGCUGUAGAGAAAGAAAAAUCUCCAUUUUCAUUAAAACCAACUAUUGGAAAAUCUUCUACUGAAAACUUUUUAGAAUUGAAUGUUUGCACAAAUUACAAAGAAGAGGGUGCGACUAACAUGGCAGUUAUGGAAAUUGUUCUUCCAACUGGUUACGCAGCUGAUGUUGAUUCUUUUCCUGCAAUUCAUAAAAUUCCUAAAGUGAAACAAGUAGAUUCUGUCAAUGGUGAUUCUAAAGUCAUUGUUUAUUUUGACAGAGUAUGUAUUUUUUUUAUCAUCAUUAAACUAAUUUAAGAGAUGGUGCAUAAC